AUGGUUCAAGUAGCAAAGGCACUCACUGGUACAAAUGCAGCGUUAUCACCGCGAGCACUUAUGAAGCUACAGGCACAGAUUCAGGCAAUGGUACAAUGCCUUAAUUGUCCUGGUGGACCCUGGGACGUAGGUGUUAUGCUCACAACUACCAGCCAUAUCCAGAAACUUAACCGCAAGUUUCGGAAGAAAGAUAAAGCCACUGAUAUCUUGUCCUUUCCAUGCCAUAAAGUUCGUGCUCCAGGACGGUUCCCGCGUGUCAAGAAGAAGGAAGAACGCUAUCUAGGGGACAUUUAUAUCAGUCCAGCGUACAUUCAACUUCAGUGUAAAGACGCAAAGUUUGAGGAUGUUACGACGUUGGAGAAGCGAUUGCCCGUGCUAAUUGCACACGGACUUUGCCAUUUAUUAGGAUACGACCAUGAGCAAGACGUUGACUAUGAGCACAUGCAACAGGCGGAGACUUUUAUCCUCAACCACUACGGAAAGUUCCUUCCGCCUGCAUUUGCUACUAUCAGCACAUCAGCUUCAGUAACCCGUACAGACACAAUGUAG